AUGUUGAAAUCAUUUGCCUUGGCCUUGUUGGCGAGUCGUGUGGCCGCGGUCACACAAAUCCCCGACGAUGAGAUGAACUCUCUUCUUGACGCCGGUGCAGUGGAUCUCGCUGAUCGCUAUGCGCCGAUGUGGUUCUUCGGUCAGGCUAUGAACCAACCUCCUUGCUAUCCGACCUGGGCGUUUGGAGGAUCUCCUUCCACCCCGGACAUCUAUGAUAGCGCCCAUAUGACACCACCGGCAGCUCAAUGCGAGUACCCCGAUGUCGGGUGCAACUGCCGAAAUCCUAGCGUGGCUAUUGGAAACCCUGGUCCGGCCUUUCCUGUCUACUAUACUUUCCAGCGGUGCAGUGAUACCGAGGUGCGCGUCGUGUAUAAUCUUUUCUAUGAGAAGGAUGGUGCAACAGUCGCUGGACUGAUUGAGACGGGCCACAACUAUGACUGGGAGCGCGUUAUUAUCAUUCACUCGCGCGAUAAUAGCAACAUGUGGGCGCCCUCUCGAGCUCUGUUGUCCGCUCACAGUGGCUACAACGAUUUGGCCUGGGGCGAUAUUCAAAACACUUUGACUACGGAUGAGGUCAAUGCUGGGGAUGCAAAGAACCCCAAUGGAGUCCAGAAUCAAGACCACCCGAAAGUAUACGUGGCGUGGAGCAAGCACCCUAACUUUGAUACGAGAAACACUGGGUGGAAUGACCCGGCGAGUCAGAGUCUCGACGAUGCCUUUAGGAGCGAUGAUUGGUGGCAUUUUGUUGAAACUCAGAACUAUGUAUGUGAUGACCCCGUACGUAGACUUACGAUCAAAAUUGACGAGGCGCAGAUUCGAUCUGAUAACAGUACCGAGGCUGGCCGCGCUCUGGGAGCCGCUGAUUGGGGGAGUGCCACAAGUAACCCUCCUCUUGUUCAGUCGACAGUCUGCGAUGCACCGUAA